AAGUGGUGGGGAGCUUGCUGUGUUUGGUUUGGGGCUUUGUAUGGUAAUUCAGAUUUCCUGUCGGGUUGUCUGUGCUGAUUCUCUAUAGAGAUAGAGAGAGUGCUUCGGUGGGCUCGUUAACAGGUCAUUUUUGUAUCAUCAUGGAUAAUUCGUAUGGUGAAGACCAAGAUGAGGUAAGCGUGGUGGGAUUUGAAGUUCCCAGGUCACCUGAUUCAAGCUACAACAACCCGUACCCGGGCAAUGAAGAUGAGGCAAGGGACCCACCUCUAGUUCCUCCUCACUUGCAACACCCAUUGCUGAGCUUUCCAGCAGGAAGAGAUACCUCUGGCUCUCUUCCUUCGCCGCAGAAUGUGAUUCUCAACCAUCUCUGCAUUGAGAAUAGGGAGACCCAACAAUCAGUGGUGGCACUCGGGGUCACACAUCGCUUCCGCGCAAAAUUUGUUACAGUUGUGCUUUUCAAACCAAUUCAAAGGACGGGGGGAACAAGCACUUGAGGUGCAUUUUAUAUCACCUUCACUUUGGUUUGUUCCUUCCGUAAAUGGAUAUAGUUGUGGCAGAACUCAUACGGGAAAUAGCAGUGAAGUAAGUCAACUGUCUCAGUGCUGCUGAUGAAAUUUAGGUUCACUUUGUUGGACUCCAGAACUCAUUGUUGCAUGUCUUACUUGCUUCUUCCCUGGAGUAUUUAAAAUGGUAGUAUGUUUUAAAAUGUUUAUAAAGAUAUACUGUCCAUAUUUUCCUUAUCAA